CGUGACGUCAUCCACUUUCCUUGCCAUCAUCAGGCAGGCAGGCAGGCAGGCAGGCAGGCAGGGCCACUCUUCGCUUCACCGAGCAUCCAGGAGGACUUUCCAAUCCUCCAAACUCAAAACGGCAUAGUCGAUAUGGUUGUUCGGGGGAUUUUCCGUGCAGUCAUUAUGGGACCACCCGGCUCCGGAAAAGGGACAGUGUCUGGCCGGAUAAGCAAAAGUUUUGGACUCAAACACAUCUCCAGCGGUGAUAUUCUGAGAUCCAACAUCAACGCUAAAACUGAGUUGGGCCUGCUGCUGAAGUCGAGUAUCGAUAGAGGUCAGUUGGUGCCCGAUGACGUCAUGUCUCGUCUCAUCCUCACGGACCUGCGGGCGAUAGAGCGGCGCAGCUGGCUGCUCGACGGUUUCCCUCGAACAGUCCCCCAAGCGGACUUUCUGGAUGAAGUCUACAGCGUGCACACAGUCAUCAACCUCAAUGUACCUUUCCACACCAUUAAAGAGAGACUGUCAUCUCGCUGGACUCAUCUUCCCAGUGGAAGAGUGUACAACGUUGAUUUCAACCCUCCUAAAGUGCCUGGUCGUGACGAUGUCACCGGGGAACUUUUGGUCCAGAGGGACGAUGACACGCCAGAUACAGUAACGAGGAGACUGAAGGCCUACCAAACCCAAACGGAGCCAGUCUUAGAAUAUUACAGGAGUAAAGGUGUACUGGAGACAUUUUCUGGGACAGAAACCAACAAGAUUUGGCCCCACGUUGAAGCCUUCCUCCACAAAAAGCUCUUUGUGCUGAAUCAGAAACUUUUAUAGCGGCAGCUGAAUGUACAACUGUAUUUAUGAAUACACAGACCACUGAAUUUUGCUGUUGUCAUUCCACAUUGUGCCUUAGACAGUUAGAGUUUGCACAAACGAGUCUUAUUUAGCCGACCGUCAAGUAAAAAAUGUUCUUAAAUCUAAGAAAGAAAAAAAAAAGUUGUAUAGUUUGGCAUGAGAAGCGUUUCUCAUGACGUAAACCACUAUUAAAAGGGAACGUGCAAUGCUCUUCCAUAAUAAUUCACUCCAGUGCCUUUGAAUGUAGAACUUGGAUGUUGACAAUUUGUGAGCUCCAGAAUAUUAUAUGUAUAAUAAUUGUAUUUUAUACAGUUUAAGUGUCAAUUGUUUGGAGAAGCACAAUACAGGACCUUUGUCUGGUGCCGUCAUUGUAUUAAGAGCUGCCUUGAAAUGGAGAUGUUCCUCGCGUAAUCACGGGCAUGAACAAAAUUGUGUUUUAAGUUUGAAUACAAAAUAAACGUUGAUGCUAAUAACUUGGUUGACCUAUGAGUGUGCAAGAUCUAGCAUAAAUGUAACCGACCACGCGUCAACUCAAUAGUUGCUUAGUUUCGCCAAUACGUUCAUCUGUGCCGAACACCCUGUGACAAAGAUUGGUCAACCUCAAAGAGAAAGAAAUUCACACUUUCAUAUUUAUAUAUCGGAGGCCGAGCCAUCGCUGAGAGUUGAACGAUUGUCUUUUGGAGUUGUAAAAUUGGCUAAAGACUAGUCCGGGGUGUUUGCUGCCUGUCGGCAACUCGCACGUGAACUUAUUAUUGCAGAAAACGGAGGGAAUUUUCCCAGAGUACAGUGAUGAAAAUAAACACAACAGGGCU